AUGGCUAGUGCGAGAGUCUUCUUCAGCAAACACCGUAAACACAGAAACGGCUUUAUCAACGACGAAAUGCCGGUGGUAGAGAACGGUUAUGACGUCCAUGAAUCAGAUGAGGACGAAGUCUUCGUUCAGGACCCUCACCUAGAGAUCUCCGCCUCUAAACCACUUAUGCAUCCCAGAAACAAAGGUCAAAGAACAAAGGUCAAGACUAGAUCAUUAGAAUGCAGCUUGUGUACCGUGUGCAAACCUAUAUUUUUUUUCGUUGCUCUGGUUUCCGUAUUGUGUGGUGUCAUGGCAACCAUCGUCUAUGUUGCUAACAGACAUAAGAACCAAUCAAAUCCUGGGGCUCUCUUACAAGGGGCGGUGCCAAAUGUAGGCGGAAUUCAUGAAAAACAGAUUAUUAUUGGUUGUGAUAAGAUAGAAGUGGAAGAUGUUUGGGUAGUAGGAUUUCCAAAACUGUUAACGGAGUCAGCUUUCAGACUUGUGGAUAUCAACAAGGACGGGGCAAUGGAUAUUGUCUUUGGAUUUGCCACUGGUGCAGACGGCUACGGGGUAAAGGAUAUCGUCUGUGACAUCUACUUUCAAGGUCGCAAGCCUUGUUUCGGCGGGGUCAUGGCCCUGGAGGCAGCUACAGGCAAGGAGAUGUGGCGCUUCUACACAAGACACGAAAUUUACGGCUUGAACUGUCAGUACGAUAUCAACAAAGAUGGCGUUAAGGACUGUUUGGCAGCUGGUCGGGCCGCG